AUGGAGUCCCAGCGACCGCCCGUUUUCACGUCCAGUAACCAAGAAGGUGUGGAGGCGGUGAUAAAAGGCAAAGGUAGCUACGCAUUUCUGAUGGAAUCCACAUCGAUAGAAUAUGUGAUAGAAAGGAACUGCGAGUUAACGCAAGUCGGUGGAAUGUUGGAUUCCAAAGGUUACGGGAUCGCUACACCACCAAAUUCUCCAUUUAGAACUCCAAUUAGUGGUGCCAUUUUAAAACUUCAAGAAGAAGGAAAGCUUCACAUAUUGAAGACACGAUGGUGGAAAGAGAAGAGGGGAGGAGGAAAAUGCCGAUCCUCUUUAUGUAAAGAAAUGGCAACUGAAUUCCGACACGUUGUAUGUUGUCGGAACGACUCGAAAUCGACGAAAAAGAAAAGGCCCUGUAGUCCUGCUAUCUUGGACGACGGAUUAUAUCAUCCGUCGGGUUCUUAUACGUCCUACGGUUUUGUCAGUAAAGAUAUUUUGAACUAA